AUGUGCCAAUGAAAAAAUGCAUGUGCAUUAAGCUAUUGUGACCUGUACCUAUUUAAUGGAGGCUUAGCAAAUUUGAUUCAUCAUUUCAAUAUGAUUGUCAAGAGUGUAAGGAUGGAGCUAUUGUGGCUCAUGGUAGCUGUAUCAUUUGUGGGACUAGUGAGCUGUCAGCCCACAUUUGAGAAUGAUCAAUUGGAUCUAUCACAACCUGAUGAGCAACAAGCUCUAGAGAGCACUAAAGAAUUACUUGAAGAUGUGAAUCCUGUGGAAUCAGUUCCUGUAAUAAGAGAAACACGAGGUGGAAAUAGCAAAUAUGGUGGCGGAAAAGGAGGCGGUGGCGGAGGUGGUAAAGGAGGCGGUGGCAAGAAAAGUGGUGGAGGAGGAGGAGGGGGAGGAAAAAGUAAAAAGUGGUGAAAAUACAUAUCAACAACUUAAAUGUUGACUGCUUAUUCAUGUUACUGUCUUGAAAGAAGAAUAAAAUUUCGAAAUUGAA